CAUGCCCAAUUCGAGUCUGGGUGACGUAUCUCCGUUAGUGAUGUGACGUUGCGGGGCUCUAGAUGUAGUGGUUUCUAGCUGCAUCUUGUUGACGGUCGGUAUUACAGAGGAGAACCGAGAGAAGAGGAGCCGAAACGACCUCAUUCAGGAAGCAGACAUACAGACAACAAUCUGAACAGAAACACAGCAGUCUCCACCAUGUACCUUUCUGAACACCAGCAUAUGUGGAACAUUUGAAAGGAGAAUAAAACAAACUAACAACACCCAUAUUAACUCAAAGGGUUCUAUAAAUCCAAGUGAAGGUGGUAGUGGAACGAAACGGACCUCUAUCAACGCCAACAUGGCCAGUACUCAGACGAGUCUGAAAACCUCAUUCAAAGACCUGACCUCGUUCAAGGGCAACAUGAAGCGGCUGUACCGAGAGAGGCUAGAGGACGCGCCCAUCAAGAAGAGGCUGAUGGCUGAGAUGAACCUGAAGCGACGCAGCCUAGACACCCUGCCCCAGACCCCCAAGGUGAAGAGGGAGGCUGGGGAGGAGCACACCCAGCACCGGGAGGCAGAUAGAGGCAUGGAUAGAUCCAUAGAGAUGGACAGUGGAGGGGAGCUCCAGGUAUGUGGAGCCAAGGCUCUGGAUCUCAGUCCUGGGCUGAAACACACACUGGCUGCCUUCACCCUCAGCAGCCAAAGCUCUCUGGGGGGCCCAGCAGCAUUCUCCGCCCGCUCCGGCCACGAAGCCUCCCCCGAGGUCAGCCCUGAUUCCUGCCCCAGCAUGGCCCCUCUACCCUCCCCACCAGUCCUAGGAGGUGGACCCCUCUUGGUGCCCAGCGACAGCUCCACAGAGUUAAGCCACUCCCUUCUAGAGGGUGAAUCCAUCUCCUGCUUUGCUGUCGGUGGGGAGAAACGCCUCUGCCUUCCCCAGGUGCUCAACUCGGUGCUCCGCGACUUCUCCUUGCAGCAGAUCAACGCAGUGUGUGAUGAGCUCUACGUGUACUGCUCGCGCUGCGAUGGUGAACAGCUCCACAUCCUCAAGGUGCUGGGUAUUUUACCCUUCAACGCCCCGUCUUGCGGCCUCAUCACCCUUACUGACGCCCAGCGCCUCUGCAACGCCUUGCUCCGCCCGGGGGCUGCCCUGCCCUCUGACCCCAGCACCAAACGGCCCGGCCAGGGGCUCCUAAAGGAGACAGAGUCUAGCUUCCAGGUGGAGCACCAGUGUCUAGGGAAAUGCCAGGGUCUGUUUGUACCCCAGUUCUACACACAGCCCGAGGCGCCCUGUGUUCAGUGUGUGGAGUGCCAGCUGCUUUUCUCACCGCAGAAGUUUGUGAUGCACUCACACAAGUCCCCGGACAAGAGGACCUGUCACUGGGGCUUUGACUCGGCCAAGUGGCCGUGCUACCUGCAGCUGGGGAGGAAGUAUCUGGGAACGCCUGAGGAGCCGCAGCUCAAACUGCUGCUAGAGGACAUGAAGGACAAGUUCCACUACAACAGGACCACUGACAAAAAGGUGGAAGAUGAGGACAGGGACAGCCAGGUGAGGAGAUCGCGUCCUCCUGAGCCUCUGGUUUCUCCUAACAGUAAACUGUCCGACAGCGAUGCAGCAACCAAGGCUAAAGCCCAGGCUACUCUGAUGUUCAACCGCCUGUUCCCCCACAUUAAGGAAGAGCCUGGCCACUCUGCCACGGUCCAUCCCAGUCACUUCCUGUAUACAUAUGAUAAGAUGGUGGCUCCUAACGUGUCUCUGAGGGGUCAGCCGGAGGUCAGCCCUGAGGUACUGGGGGUGCUGCUCAAACACCACUACAGCAGGAGACUGACCCACGGCCACCAAGACACUGCUAUGGAUCUCCACGCCUCUCCUGUAGUUGACGAGACCAAGUCUCAGCAGCGCGUCGUUUCCGCUGCCGACCGGGAGCGCCAGCAGUCAGUUUCCAUGGAGACCAGCCCCGGCAACAAGAGUUAUUCUGCUGUAGUGGGAGCCGUGGUGACUGCGGCGGUAGCGUCAUCGGUAGCGGCGCUGGGGAGUAAAGAUGUUCUGUCUUCAGGCUGUGAGGAUGACAAGGACAGGAUCGUAGUGGAGAUCGUUCAGAUGUACAGCAGACAGCAGGAGAAACUGCACUCCACCCUGCACAAACAGCUGCAUCUAGAGAUGGAGUUGGAGGCGCUGCGUGGAGGCGAGGCAGCCAGGCUGCAGCAGUUGUCUGCAGAGCAGCGUGAGCUGCAGAGUGAACUGGAGGCGGUCCACACUGAGCACACCCAGAGGCUGGGGCAGGUGAGGGAGGAACAGAGGGAGCUGGAGCACAGGCUCGAACAGCUGCGACAGCAGAGCUGUGUGUGUGACAACAACAUACACACACACCAGGAGGCACACUACGCCAACCAGCUGGCAGAGCUGCGUGGGAGGUUGGAUGGUGCGGAGGCUGACAGGGAGGAGCUCCAGGAGGAGUUGAAGAGGGAGCGGGACGCCCGGGAGAAGCUGGAGAGAAUCAUCUCUCAGCUCAAACACCAGAUGGACCAGACGGCCUCUUCCUCGUCUUCCUCGGCCACCACAAUUGCUACAGCGAGCCCCUCUUCACCCCCCACCCCCUCCACACAAACACCCCACACAGAGGGACACAUCGCAGGCCUCGAGCAGCAGAACGGCCACGCUCAGAAGUAGCCCCUCACGAAACUCCCCUUUUCCAUUUGUCUCCCUCCCCCCCCAAACCCCCUCUGUUUUGUUUCUCCAACUCACUCCCUCAUCCCUCAUCCCUCACCCCCUGCUGGGAGAGACGGCAGCCCUAGACAGACAGACAGAGUACUCUGUCCCCCAAGGCUGCUUCUCUCCACUGUCUCACCCGUUUCCUUCCUCGUCCCUCCCUCGUUUUUACUUCCUUGGAAAAUGAGCUCUCGUUGGUUUUUAUUUAAUAUCACAUCAAAUGAGUUUUAUGUUGUUUUUUUUUUAUUCCUUCCCACACCCCCCUAUCCUUAAACAGUAUUUACAUUUUGGGAAGGAUAUGUUUGUUUUAAUUUAUAGUUUUACUCAACAAACUAAUGACUGCUUGGCAGACCGAUAGGAGUUGGAUGUUUUUAGGACCCUUUCCUCCAUCCCUCCUUCCUUCCUUGGAUCUUCUUGGACUUGAUGUUUUGUCGCCCCCAUAGAGCCCGGGAAGUCAGUCAGACAGAAAGACACUUCUCUCCUGCACCCCUCGACUCUGUUCUGAACUGUGGUUACACUAGCGCUCAGUCGCUCUGUCUACUACUACCUUGCACGCCAACUGGAGCCAAGAUGGUGCCCGUGUGGGUGCUCUCAAUCUCUGUACAUACACCCAGCCCAGCCAUUCUGGACCAGCUACCAGCCACACACAGCAGGAGACUGCAUUGACAGACAUUUUCAUUUCACCUUUGUUUGUUUUUGUACUCCUUAUAGCUAUUCAUGGAAAGAAGAGAAAAGUUCUAAAUGUGUAAAACAAAGGUAUAUGAAAACGUUAUUGUACAGAGCAUUUGCAGUCGUCAUUGUUAAGGCUACUGAAAAUGCUGAAGUGAUGUGAUAUUAAGAUGUAAAGACAUAUGAGUGAUGCGACUCUGAGGACUGCUGAGGUUGUGGUGGUCUGGAACAACAGCAAACCCCUGAACUAGUCUGGCUCGGUCUGUUUUGAUAGGACGUGUCACACACACACACACACACACACACACACACACACACACACACACACACACACACACACACACAUUUCCUUGUAGAAAUCUGUAGUUUGUCCUGUUUUAGUUUUGAUUUCCCUGUUGGCAGCAGUUGGUGUGUUUGCCAUCCUCUCAUCUCUCCUUCUCGUGAGAGCAGCAGAACCUAGCUGUCUGCUUGGUGGAAUGUGGGUCACAGGUGAAAGGAAUUAGUGCAGAUAGACACAGUGUGGUGUGGGCUGGCUGCUGCCUUGGAUCCAGGCCCCUGCUCCCUCUUUCCCCUCCGCGUUAUUCCAUCUCACUGAACAAACAGAUCCCGAGAGGGAGGCGGGAAAGACCAGGAUGGAGGGAGGGAGGUACAGUCAAGCAGAUAGAGAAAUGGAGGCGGGGGAAGAGAGGAGUGGGAGAGAGACAGUCAGGCGGGGAGAAAAAGGAAUAAAGGGGAUUGAGGUAGUGCAGGGGGCUGAUUUCCUCUCUCUCUCGGGCUGGGUGGGCCGGGAGCGGGUGAUGAGGAGGAGAAGGGAGCCUCUUUUGUCCUGUCAGAAUUGGGGCAGUUUCUAUAGUCUGGGGCCUCUCUCUCUCCUGCCCCCGGGGAGCUGGUACAGGAGCCCCUCUCUCUGCCACACACACACACACACACACACACACACACACACACACACACACACACACAUAUAUAUAUCACACACAUCGCCAUCUCUCCCUCCCACAAACGUACACACACAGAACAGGGGUUUUGUCUAGUUGCCAGACAGUCUUUCUUUUAUAGCCUCCCAGGCAGACUCGGAGCCAGGCAGCGUGUAAAUAGUUGUUUAAAAGAGGUAUUGGCCUUGGCUUUAACUCCAAGCUGCGUUUUUAUGCAUCUGCUGUACAUGCAAGUUGAUAGACAUUCCACUGUGCUCAACCGUUCAAUGCAGAUCUCUAAAGAGAAUUCCCUACAACAUACUCAAUGCUCUGCCAGAGUACUAAAGUAUAGUAGGUCUUAUUUUGUAAUCGAGUUUCAACUAAGCUACAAAAAGUUAUUUUCAUGAGGAGAAAAAAAACAACAAUGAAACUAACACCCUUGGUGUGUGACGUGAAGUUCACUCACAUGCAGAAAAAUCCAAUCCAUACUGCAAAUGUAUGCUCUCUACCGACCAUUGUUCCAUAUAAACCUUUCUUGGAAAUUGUAAACAAAAGAAAUAAAUAAAAAUAUAUUUAAUGUAUUAACUAAAGAUUUAUAUUCACUUUGUACAUACAUUAGUCAUUUAAUAUAUUUACUGUGUUAUGGGAUGAUCUUUUAAAGGUUAUUAUAAUAUUAACUGGACCAGGCCUGAAGCUCUGAACAGCCCUGAUGUUUUUGUUAACUCUGACUUCUUCAAAGAUUCACUUAACUUGUUGUUUACCCUGUUAAAGGGACACGAAAGCAGUAUGACUACGCAGCGGAGUGACUUCCUGUUAACACAUUAUCAACAACCUAAUUUAAGAUUGACACUUGGCUCUUUCAAAACAAAUUGAGCCAUGCCUACAUUGGGACUAACCAAAAGUGGCAGAUUUGAAUUUGUUGUCGCUCUGCUGUGUACGAUGAUGUCAUAUUGCACCUUUUUAAAGGAUGUAAACUUGCUGUUGGGAGUUGAAAUGCAUGGUGUUCAGAUGUGACCACCUGACACAGGACAGAGGUCAGAGUUGAAUAGGAAAGAGAGAGCAUUGUUACAGUACUUCCCCAGAACUGAUUGCUUUCAUUUGUUUCUUUUGUGGAUGACUUCACCUUGAUACACUGAUGUGUAUUAAUGAUGUAUAAUCUUUCUCCCUUAAUACCUUCCCUUUUUGUACGCUAAACCCUCAUCCCAGACAAUUUGAAAAUGCACCGAACAUUUGUUUAUAAAAAAAAGAAACUGAAAACAAACAAAAUUAAAGUUAGCAUAUAACGAGUGGAUCGAUACCCCUAAUUUGUUUUGUUAGGUGAAUGAUUUCUUACUUCUCACUGAGCCACUCAAUUGAUACGUUUUUGUAAAAAAAAAAAAAAAAGGGGGGGCCUGUCCUAAAUGGCACCCUAUUCCCGAUUUGUAGUGCACUAUAUAGGGAAUAUGGUGCCAUUUGGGAUGCCACCAGUGUCUCCAACUUACAAGUUGUUGAUCUGUCUCACUACUAGCAAGGAGACACAAUGACUGAGGGCAUCUGAGCUAGUUUGACCGUUGAAAUAUACUUCUGGCUUUAGAAGAAGAUGGCUAAAUAGAACUAAAGUCCAGCUACCAUACAAAUGUAGCCUCAUUAUAUUCUGCAAAGAUGAGAGAGAAGUGUGUGUGUGUCGAGUUUGUGUCUGAGCGCAUGUAUUUGUGUCUGACUGACUGUAUGCUAUCGAUUUGAAAGUGACUGAAGCACAGUAGCUAUGAAGAAGGGAGAGACUUAUUCUCAAGUAGAACUGUGGUUGUCCUCGUUUUUGUCCAACACACAGAGACAGUUGUCCUCUUCGGGGUAUAGAGUCUUUAACUGCAUUGUGUUUACAUCACAAGAUCAAUCAGUAUUUGGUUUGUUAUUAUCACCAUAAUUACCUAUCUCUACAGUCUACUGCAUUUUGUUUUUUAACAAUCGUUCUGGGGUAUCUAAUGUAUUUCUGUAUUUUAUUUUCUGUUCGUGUAAAUUUAAUUUUAUAUACAAGAGGGCGCUCUAUAUUGACUUUAGUUAAAUGCCAUAAUAAUGAUAUGAUGGAUACAAUGGAUUAAAAUACUAUAUAACACAGCGGGCUGGGCCCUCUUGCAUUCGCAUUGUUAUGAGAACUAAUAUUGUGUCCCAAUAGGCACCCUGUUCCCUACACAGUAAGCAACUUUUUGUUCCCAGGCCCUACGGCCCUGGUCAAAAGUCGUGCACUAUAUAGGGAAUAGGGUGCCAUUUAGGACACAGCCUAAGACAGAUGUGCUUUGUACAGAGUUUUAAAAAACAGUUUUUAAAGGGGUGCAAUUUGCCCAACUCACUACUAACUAGACCAUUACCAUUAGGCUUGGUCCUGGCCUUGCUUCAGAAGCACAGCUAAACAGUAACUAUCAUUUCCAUUAUAUAUAUAUUUUUUUUUUUACAUGCAUCCCCAAUGGAUUGUUCCCAGACAUAAAAGGGAUAGUUCAGCAAUUUAUAUAUCUAAAAAUGUACCCUGUUCAACGACUUUUAUUUUAAUUUUUUUUAAAUUUUUUAUUUUUUAUAUAUAUAUUUUUUUUUAUUUAAAAAAAACAACAUUUUUAGAUAUAGAAAAUUGCUGAACUAUCCCUUUUAAUGAAGAAGGCGAUGAAGUGUAGAAGUGGCGCUCUUUACCAAUGGCAACAAGUUGGAUUUUGGAUCGGUGAAAUAAUGCUAGAUCAAUUGUUUCCAUUUAUGCUUUGUAGUUGGAUAUUUAUUUACAAACACCCUUCUUAUUUACAAGCGUGGGACCUGGCCAGGACAUUACACCUUAUCCUAGCUAGGUCCCACCUUGUUAAUGAUUACACGAAAUGCUUCUUAAUAUUAUGUAUGCCUGGGAUAAACAUGCCAUGUUUUCAGUUUAAAGUUAGUAGGCUACACCUGACAAAUCAUAGUUUAAAGAAGAAAUUUUAUCUUUUUAUGGCAUUUUUUUUAUUCAGAAACCUGUACGGCAGUGAGUGUCUAUGUAUGACCAUUGCAUACCAUGUUGCCAACAACGAUACAGUGUGAUUGAGACGUUUGUUUUUUUUGUUGCAUGAAACGAGACACUGUUCUCCUACCUCAUGUUGUGAUAUAAAAUGUUUUUUAAGCAGAGGACACUGCAUCUUUAACCGUUGAUCAUAAUUGAUAUUUACUAGUAAAUGAUGACGACAUACCUGUACUUGCUUUUAGCUAAUACCUCAGUUGUAUAUCUCGUGUUCAGUUUUUUUUCUCCCGCCCUUAUUUCAGAUCUUGUAAAUAUACACUGUAUAAACAAUGAACUUGAAUCAAAUUCAAGUAAAGUUCUGUAGUGUCACA